AAGGGAAAAACACUAGACUACUGAAGCCAAAUCCACGUGAAGGCAUCGGGACAAGUAGAGUUUCCCGCGCUUUUCUCGUCAACACCAAAACUUCUGGCGGGACGUGGUAGCAGCCGGCGUCCCUCUGUGUUUCCUGGCUAUUGCGUCCUUUCUGGUGAGAGAAUCCCUGCUGUUUGAGGAUGUCUUCCCCCGGCCGCCGCAGCACCCGCUCCACCCCAAGCAAGAGGAGCGACACCAGUGAACUGCUUCCCCUCCCCUCGUCCUCCCCCGGUCCAGAGCUCCUCCCUGCCACCUCCCCUGCACCUGCCGCUACCCCUGCUCGCCUCCAAUCUGUUCUGAAUGAUGUGGUGGACCAGAGCUCUCCCCUCAACUAUGGCACCCCAAGCAGUGUGGGCUCCUCGCUGCGCACGCCUCGCUCAGGAGUCCGUGGCACACCCAUCAGGCACCGCUCUGACAUUCGCUCAGACCGCCGCAUGAGACAGGUGAAUCUCUCCACUGAUCCCCUGAGUGAGGCCAACGCUGAGGGUGCUGCGCCUGGUACAGCUCCCCCCGGCGGGUCGGCGCAGACGGAUGGGCCUCAGGGUGGGCAGUUGGUGAUCUGGGGCACUGAUGUGGUGGUGUCAGAGUGCAAGGAUCGUUUCAAGGCCUUCGUGCAGACCUUCGUUGAUCCUGAUGCUGCCGAUGAUGAGCGCUGUGAGGGCAUGAACACAGAUGAGCCCUUGUACCUUCAGAAAUUGGAGGAGAUCCACACCCUGGAGGAACCCUUCAUGAACGUUAACUGUGGACACCUGCACCAGUUUGACACAGACCUCUACAGGCAGCUGGUGUGCUACCCACAGGAGGUGAUCCCCAGCCUGGACAUGGCCAUUAAUGAGAUGUUCUUUGAGCGCUACCCAGACACCAUCCUGGAGCACCAGAUCCAAGUGCGCCCCUUCAAUGCUGAUAAGACCAAGAACAUGCGCUCCCUCAAUCCAGAAGAGAUCGACCAGCUCAUCACAAUAUCCGGCAUGGUGAUCCGCACAUCCAACCUGAUCCCGGAGAUGCAGGAGGCUUUCUUUAAGUGUCACGUCUGCGCCUUCACCACCACCGUAGAGAUAGACCGCGGCCGCAUCGCUGAGCCCACCGUCUGUUCCUUCUGCAACACCUCGCACUCCUUCACACUCAUUCAUAACAGGUCCAGGUUCUCAGACAAGCAGAUGGUCAAGUUGCAAGAGAGUCCAGAGGACAUGCCGGCAGGCCAGACCCCUCACACGGUGCUGCUGUACGCUCACAAUGACUUGGUAGACAAGGUGCAGCCUGGGGACCGAGUGACUGUCACUGGAAUAUACCGUGCCGUGCCACUCCGUCUCAACCCCAGAGUGCGCAAUCUAAAGAGCGUGUACAAGACUCACAUCGACGUGGUGCACUUCCGCAAGGUGGACACCAAACGUCUGCAUGGCCAGGAGGAAGGAGAGACACCUCGUUUCACCCCGGAGCGUGUUGAAGUGCUGCAGGAACUCUCCAAGAAGCCUGAUGUGUAUGAGCGCCUUGCCCGGUCCAUCGCUCCCUCCAUCUAUGAGAACGAGGACAUCAAGAAGGGCAUCCUCCUACAGCUCUUUGGUGGUACAAGGAAGAACUUCAGCCACACAGGACGAGGGAACUUCAGAUCUGAGGUGAACAUUCUUCUGUGUGGUGACCCUGGUACCUCCAAGUCGCAGCUGCUGCAGUAUGUGUAUAACCUGCUGCCACGCUCACAGUACACCAGCGGCAAGGGAUCCUCUGCUGUCGGCCUCACUGCAUAUGUGACUCGUGAUCCAGAGACCCGCCAGAUGGUGCUGCAGACCGGCGCGCUGGUGCUGGCAGACAACGGCAUCUGCUGCAUUGACGAGUUUGACAAGAUGAAUGACUCGACCAGGUCAGUGUUGCACGAGGUGAUGGAGCAGCAGACCCUCAGCAUUGCCAAGGCUGGCAUCAUCUGUCAGCUCAAUGCCCGCACCUCCGUCCUUGCUGCCGCCAACCCCCUUGAGUCACAGUGGAACAAGAACAAGACCAUCAUUGAGAACAUCCAGCUGCCGCACACGCUCAUGUCUCGCUUCGACCUCAUCUUCCUCAUCCUGGACCCGCAGGAUGAGGUGUACGACCGCCGCCUGGCCCGCCACCUGGUGUCCCUCUACCACAAGGACGACGGCAUCAAUGAGGAGGAGCAGCUGCACAUGAGCAUCCUGAGGGACUACCUUGCCUACGCCCGGGAGUACAUCCAUCCAAGGCUGAGUGAGAACGCCUCACAGCGCCUCAUCAUGGCCUAUGUGGACAUGCGCAAGGUGGGCAGCGGACGGGGCCAGGUCACCGCCUACCCUCGCCAGUUGGAGUCACUGAUCCGCCUGGCUGAAGCCCAUGCCAAGGUGCGGCUGUCUAACAAGGUGGAGGUGGUGGAUGUGGAGGAGGCGUGGAGACUCCACCGUGAGGCUCUCAAACAGUCGGCCACUGAUCCGCUGUCCGGCAAGAUUGACGUCAGCAUCCUCAUCACUGGCCUGAGCUCAGUGGCGCGCAAGAAGAGGACGGAGAUGGCACAGCUGCUACGCAAGGUGAUCCAGUCCAAGGGCAAGGUGCUCACCCUCAAUGGCCAGAAGCUGUUCCAGGACAUGAAGGAGGCAUCAGAAAUGAUGAUCACAAGAGAGAUGUACGAGGAUGCGUUGAGGGACCUUCAAGAUGACGAGUUCCUACAAGUGACAGGGAAGUCCAUUCGCAUCCUGCAUUAAAUCACCGCCACUCCUUCCUGUGGAGAUGAGGAAUGCUAACACUCCAGCAUGUUCAUACACUGUUCUAAAGUUAUGGUGUGCCUCAAAAUAUUGACUCAAUGUACAUUCUGCUAGGAAGGAAAACAGCUUCCACUCUAUUCUGCUGUGUACUGGAGAGUAAGUGAAAGAUGCAUUUAUUUGUAUACUCUGUGCUGAGUUGAGUUUGUGUUGUUGCUGAUAUCAAUGACACAAUGUAUCUUGCUGGAAAAGUAGGAUGGUUUUAGAGGAGAGACUUGGUGAAAAUGCACAAUCACACACUCUCACUCUUAAUCUUUCUCUCUUACAAACACUCCCAUAGAAUAUUUUUGAAUAUUUUUAUGUAUGUUAUUAAUAAAUUUAUAGCAAAC